AUGUCCUUCGCCAUGCUGCGCUCGGCCCCCAGCCGCUACCUCUACCCCGAGAUCAACAUGUUGUCGGAGGACGAGGAGAACGGCAGCGAGAGCUCGGGCUCGGAUGAGAAGCCUUAUCACCACCACCUGGAUGCCGACGGUUACGCCAUCAAGGCCGGCAAACGCCGGCACGGCAAGAAACCCAGUCGUCUCCCCCGGGAGCCUCGGCAGCGCCACACGGCCAACGCCAGGGAGAGGGACCGGACCAACAGCGUCAACACGGCCUUCACCGCCCUCCGCACCCUCAUCCCCACCGAGCCGGCCGAUCGGAAGCUCUCCAAGAUCGAGACCUUGAGACUGGCUUCCAGCUACAUCUCCCACCUGGGGAACGUGCUGCUGGUGGGGGAGGCGUGCGGGGAUGGGCAGCCGUGCCACACCACCUUCUACCACCACGGGGGUGGUGGUGGUGGUGGUGGGAGCCCCCCCGGGCGCGACGGUGACAACUCGCAGCCCAAACAGAUCUGCACUUUCUGCCUCAGCAACCAGAGGAAGCUGAGUAAAGACCGAGACAGGAAGACGGCGAUCCGGAGCUAGAUGCCGGCAGCUCUCGGGAUGGACACCAAGGAG